CGUUUUUCGAAAUGCGAGUCUGCGUCUUUGCAUCCUCAAGCUCACUUACACCGGAGCCAUAUCUCAAGGUGGCACGUGAGUUGGGGGAGGAGAUAGCCAAGGCGCAGUACCUCUGCAUCAAUGGCGGAGGCAAAAACGGGUGUAUGGGUGCCUUGAAUGAGGGGGCGCGGGCCGGUGGAGGCAAGAUCAAGACGGUCAUCCACGGAAAGUGGGUGAUAGACAAGAUGGAGUUCGAGGACGUGGACGAGCUCGUGAUCGCCCAGGGCAACAAUCUGCAGGAACGGAAGCGUUUGUUGUGGGAGACCUGUGACUGUGUGAUAGUCUUGCCCGGCGGGACAGGGACGUGGGACGAAUUAAUGGAGGUGGCCUGCCACAAUUCUGUGGGUUUCGGGAAAAUCCCCAUCACCCUCGUCAAUGUGGAUGGCUUUUACGACGGCAUUAUCCAGCAGGUGGCGCGGGCAGCCCGGGAUAAAAUCCUGUAUGCCACCCCUGACGACACCAUGCACGUGGAGACAACUGCUCAAGGCGCUCUAUCCUGGUGCGCAAAGCGGGUGCAAGCCCAACGGGAGGCUGGAGGUGCUCUAGGGGGCGACGCCCUGGUUUUGCAAGGACGAACCAGGACGUUUAUCUUCCAGCGGCGGCACUCCUUUUUGGUCGGUCUGGUGCUUGGCUUUGCAGGCGCGAUCUUGACGGUGGGAGAGGCAGCCUUACUCAAUCGAUUCUGGAGGAAACGUCAGGCUGGAAGGCGCUUCUAGAUAGACUUUUAGAGAGCGCGAACUCUCAAUAGGUCUAGCAGGUGAAGAAUGUGAAGGUGUCAUUUAUGGGCUAGCAACUUUAAAGCAUGUACACCUAGAAGGAACGACUUGCGCUCCAACGGGAGGGACCGCCCUCGUUUAGUCAGUACCGUUUUAAU